AGCUAUGGGAAGGGACAUAUAGGCCUCACCUCCUGCGCUAGCACUAUCUUACCACCUCUUUCCCUCUCUUUACCUUCUGUCACUCUUCUUCAUCGCGUCACUUGACAGUUCUCUUUUCGCCUCCCGAUCGUUCCUUCCAAUCCUUCCUCUCAAUCUAAGUGACCCGGGCACUUUCUACUGUCGACUGAUCGCCAUGGCCAACUAUCUCGCCUCCAUUUUCGGUACGGAACAGGACAAAGUCAAUUGUUCCUUCUACUACAAGAUUGGCGCCUGCAGACACGGCGACAGAUGCUCCCGCAAGCAUGUCAAGCCAUCAUACUCCCAGACGAUCCUGAUGCCCAACAUGUAUCAGAACCCAGCCUACGACCCAAAGAACAAGAUGAACCCCAGCCAGAUGCAAAACCACUUCGAUGCGUUCUAUGAGGAUGUGUGGUGCGAGAUGUGCAAGUACGGCGAGUUGGAGGAAUUGGUUGUCUGCGACAACAACAAUGACCAUCUCAUCGGCAACGUCUACGCACGAUUCAAGUACGAAGAAGACGCACAAGCUGCGUGCGAUGCGCUCAAUUCGCGCUGGUACGCAGCGCGGCCGAUAUACUGCGAGCUAUCACCUGUCACAGAUUUCCGAGAAGCGUGCUGCCGGUUAAAUAGUGGCGAAGGCUGCGUACGAGGCGGAUUUUGCAAUUUCAUUCACCGGAAAGAUCCCAGCCCGGAGCUGGACCGUGAGCUUCGCUUGAGCACCAAGAAGUGGCUCAAAGAACGAGGCCGGGACCCGAGAAGUGCUAGCCGGAGUCCUAGCCCGGAGCCUACCAGGCGGAGAUUUUAGGGGGAUUUCGUCUAUGAUUUCGUUUCCAUAUUCGGGCGUUGGGGAGAUUGUGACAUCCGUCAUCUGUACCUUCUUGUUCGCUUAGCAUGAUAUCAAAGCUAGCUCAUUCUGAUUAGUAGCUACCAUGAUCAUAUUCUUACUUUCUUUAAGGCAGCAUCAGUGACCUUUAAGUGCUAAUAGUCAGAAAUC